AUGCCUUUGAAAGAUUCUUAUGUCAUCUGGAACAACAAAGGAGGGGUAGGAAAAUCUACACUAACCUUCCAUUUGGCCACAGAAUAUGCCUUUCUGCAUCCAGAAGAGAACAUUUUGGUAAUUGAUCUGUGUCCGCAGGCAAACGUAUCGAUGGCGCUGUUGAGUAGUCUAAGCACUCACGGGAGUGAACGCGUUUCUAAAUUACAUCGGGAGAAGAAAACAAUCUGCUAUUACCUUGAAGACCUUAAAAGCCCGGUGGCAAUGGCAAAGCCGAGUCAAUACAUCACUUCCGUGGACGAAUACAAUCCUCAUGUAUCUGAUAAUGUUCAUCUCCUCUGCGGUGACAUGUCUCUCGAAUUGGUUGGACGAAAUAUCGAGGAACUUAGGCGUAUUCCACCAGGGGCAGACGGAUUGAUACCUUGGGUUUUUUACACAUGCGCUGUGCGUUGGUUUAUAGAAGGGUACGAAGGAAAAGUGGAAGGAGUAACCACAGGUGAAGACGACUGGGUUGUGUUCGUAGACACCAACCCGGCUUUUGCUGUGUAUACUGAAAUUGGCCUUGUGUCAGCGAGAAAGCUAAUCAUUCCGAUUAAUGCUGAUGACUUCUCUCGUGCUGCCAUCAAGAGCAUGCUUGACUUGGUAUACGGAGUUGGAAAUGACGAGGUAUCAGCCAGCUUCAGUGGAUACAGGGAAUACUCUUUUAGUACAAAGGCUGGCAAGUAUGGUGUAAAAAAACCCAAGAUCCAUUUGCUGAUCAACAACCGAACAACGAUGUAUGGCCAACAUGUUGCCAAAUCAUUUCAAGCCAUGGCUCAAGCCAACGUUGAUGUCCUUUAUGAUACGUACAAAGAACACCAGAAUUGUUUUGCAGAGCGUACAGAAGGUGGAACUAUCAACAGUCAAAAGAGUUUUGAAAAGGAGUAUCUUUAUCACUUACAAGAUUUUCACUCUUCUGCUAUAUUAUCCCUCCAUACUGGUUGUCCUCUCAAAUCCCUCAAAGAAAUAAGUGGAGGUCAUGUAAAGGUCUUCAAUGAUAACAUUCGGCCAAAUGCUAAACACCUUGAUAAGUGCCAAAAAAAUGUUUUUCGACUUGUUUUUGAUAAACUUUAA